AUGCCGGUGAUUGGGGCAGCCUGGCUGAUGGCGCGUCCAAUCUUCGGGAUCGUGCUGCUUUUGGCCGCUGCAGCCGUUGUGUUCUUGGCGCACAGCCUCCGGAAGAAGUACCGAAGCAAUCCACGCUCUCCAAGGAUCGACGAGCCUUUCAUGACCGGGCCGACCCCGCAAGUGCAGGUGGCACAGCAAGUCCAGGUGACGUGCCCUCCGAAUGUCCAGCCCGGUCAGUUUCUGCUUGUGCAGGGACCCGGGGGCCAGCAGUGCCAAGUUCAAGUGCCUCCUGGGGUGCAACCCGGGCAGGUCUUCAUCGCGAACGUCUGA